CUUUUUUUUCGCUGGGGGACUUAUCUUAUCAAUAAGCGCGGCCGGCGGGCGGUCGCCGUCUUUACCUAUCGACGUUGAAUAUCGGCGGGCGCAAUAUCGGUGAGCGGGCUCAGUAAUAAAAGCGACUCCCCAGCGAAUUGACCUAUAAAAAUAUAACAAAAACCAGAACACAGAAAAGUCACGGAUAUAUAAGACGAAAAUCAAAGGAAAUUCCAGCUUAAAUUCAACAAGGAUACACAAAAUGCAACUGCAACGCCUGCUCAUGCUCACCUUUGUGAUCAUUGCUUUGAUCUUGUGUCAAAGUUCUAGGACCACGGAAGCCCGUCGAUUGGUGUUUUAUAGCCCCAAAAGUCGCACUUUAACCAGUCAACUCCUUGUUUCCCGGAAGCUGGCCAAACCUUGUCCUGCGGGAAAGAUGCGAGAUCAUCGGGAUCGUUGUCGCCGGGCCUUGAUCUUCGGACGCAGCAAUUGAAGCAGUGAAAU